AUGAGAUUCUCCAUCGAGUUGCUCCUCCUCUCCAUCUUCCUCUUCAUCUCCCCAAUCGCCGCGAUCGGAACAUCAUGCUUCAAAGUCGUCUCCGCGCUCGUCGGCCGGCCCACGCACCUCUUCAACAAGUUCCAGAGUGAAAUCUGCGACGCCGGAUGCCAGCCUACAGUCCCGCACUGGGAUCUCUGGACGCGCAACAAUACCUUCGUGCCCGCCGUGCGCAGUCUGAUGCACCGCAUGAACGUGCCCCACAAAGAAGAAGCACUACUCCAGAUGGGCGAUGAUGUCGCGCUAACCAUCAAAAAGAGCUGUGGGCCAAUGCUCGGGGGCGGAACUCACAUCUGCUCCGAUGCAGAGACCCUGGCGGGUUUUGGAAACUGCUUCAAGCGGAAUUUCUUGAAGGCCUCGAUUAAGCAUCUCCCGACAUUGAUUCCCAUGGCGUCGGAGGACUCGUGUAAGGAACAGCUGAGGUUUUUGGAGGGUGACGAGCUAUGGGAGGUGACAAUCCCCCAGAAUAUGAGGGAUUAUGCCAAGUCCAUCAUCUCUAAUCGAACCCAUCGCCUCUCGGGGAUUAAGCGUCGGCACUCGUAUCUCCGCGAACGGACAGCCCGACCCCGACUCGGUGAUGACGAACCCGAGCCUCACCUCUCUUAUAUCCCUGCGCACCAUGCAGUGAUAUCCCAUCCAUCCUCUAUGGCGUUCGCGACGCAUUUCCGCCCUCUGCGGCCUAAAUCCCGUCCCUUUCAACUCCGACACGCCUCUCAAUUCCAGCCCCUCGUCCCACCAUCACCAAGCUCCCUAGGCAAGCCCACCGCGGCGAAAACCUACACGCGCACUCGCAAAUGGCUCCGUCGCUUCUUCUACGCAUCCCUCGUAACGGGUGUCGCCUACGGAAUCGAUAGCCAGUUCUACGCCUCAUCGUUGACGCGAACGGCGCGCACCUUUUCCCUCGGCCUUCUUGUGGCCAUCGAUUACAAGAUUAAUUUUCGUCCGAAUCCGCCACUGGCUAGCUCGAUUGCGGCCGUGCAUGCCCGGAACGCAGAGCGCUUAUCCGAUUUGCUUAGGCAUAAUGGCGGGCUGUAUCUGAAGAUGGGCCAGGCGAUCGCAAUGCAGUCGGCGAUAUUACCGCCUGAAUUCCAGCACAUGUUCUCACGCAUGUUCGACGAUGCGCCACAGAAUGAAUGGAAAGAUGUGGAGAAAGUGAUCAGAGAAGACUUUGGAAAAUCUCCCGAGGAGGUAUUCGGGGUCUCGUUUACCGGCGAGUCUGGCAAAGGUGUGAUGGAACGCAAAGCCCGCGCCAGUGCCAGUGUCGCUCAGGUUCAUUGGGCCCGGCUGCAGGACGGCAGUGAAGUUGCCAUCAAGAUUCAGAAACGGGAGAUUGUUCAGCAGCUCGCCUGGGAUCUUUGGGCUUUCAAGGUUGUGACAUUCAUCUACAGCAAAGUGUUUGACAUACCAUUCUACAGCCUUGUUCCUUACAUCAGUGAGCGUCUGUCGCUCGAGACCGACUUUGUGAAUGAAGCAGACAACUCGGAAAACAUGGCAAAGCUAGUCGCCGGCGAACCUCGCCUACGAGACCGGGUAUACAUCCCCCGAGUCUACCGUGAGCUGAGCUCAAGUCGUGUCAUGACCGCAGAAUGGGUGGAAGGCGUGCGACUGUGGGACAAGCAAGCUAUCACACGGCCCUGGCGUGGUGGCUGGCGACAGGGCAGUCCAGGCUGCCAUGGGACCGCCCUAGACCAACCGGGCUCGCUCGAAAACCACAGGCCACGAGCAGGGAAGCUCAAGCCCGAGCGUGACUACUGGCGAGGGAACAACAACCGCGGUGGCCUAGGCCUGUCCCUGAAAGAAGUGAUGACAACCAUGGUCGACUUGUUCUCCGCACAGAUGUUCUUAUGGGGACACGUUCACUGCGAUCCUCACCCGGGCAAUAUCUUCAUCCGCCGUAAGCCGAAUGGUCAACCGGAGCUGGUUCUGAUCGACCACGGCCUGUACAUCCACAUGGAGCCUGGAUUCCGACACCAAUACGCCCGCUUCUGGAAAGCGCUGCUUACUUUCGACAACCGCACGCUUGGCGAAAUCGUCAAAGGCUGGGGCGUGACCAAUCCCGAUAUCUUUGCCUCAGCCACCCUGAUGCGUCCCUACAGUGGCGGUGACAUGUCAACCCAGCGAGGCAUCAAGGGACUGAGCAAGUCCCAGCGCGCGGAACGGCACUACGAGAUGCAGCAGGCGGCGCGGAAAGCGAUCCGAGAUAUCCUAGGUGACGAAACCAAGUGGCCACAGGAGUUGAUCUUCAUUGGCCGCAACUUGCGCAUCGUCCAGGGCAAUAAUCAGUUCCUGGGAUCGCCGGUGAACCGUGUCAAAAUCACAGGAAUUUGGGCUUCACGCGCUCUCAUUGAGUCUCCGGAUCUCUCGCUGGUCGAGAAGAUGCGCAAUCUUGGCCGUCACUGCGUGUUCCGUAUGGUUUUGUUCACUACGGAUAUCUUCUUCUACUUCACCAAGGUGCGCCAGUUCUUGCGUCUGGGGGGAGGCAUGGAAGAUGAUCUCGAGGCUCAGAUGCAAGUCAUGGCGAAGGAUAUGGGUUCUGCAGCAUUCUACGGAGCCAAUGAGGUUGCCAAAGAGCACCUUGUACAGCAGAUCCGACAAGCAUGCGAGCGAUUCGGCUUCUUCCAGCUGAUCAAUCACGGUAUCCCAGCAGAUAUUCAAGCCGCCGUGCUUAAGCACUCAACUGACUUUUUCAGUCUACCUACAGAAGUCAAAGAAAGAUAUGACCAAGACAUCGGAGGAUACAAUCGAGGCUAUGAGCGUCUCCGCUCACAGAACUUUGAAAAACGCACAAAAGGCGACCUCAAAGAAGGCUUCUACCUGGGAAAAGACGUUCCCGCAGACGACGACUAUGUCCUCCGAGGACGCUUCGGCCAAGGUCCAAACAAGUACCCAGCGGAAGUGACCGCGCCUGACGAAUUCAAAAGAGUGAUGGACCAGUAUCACGACCUCAUGGUCGAUCUCGGCGUAUCAAUCCUGCAAGUCCUAGCUCAAACACUGAGCUUGGACAAGAGUGUCUUCGGCGACUUCUACGACUAUCCCGUCUCCAUCCUCCGCCUACUACACUACCCACCCCAAGAAGGGAGUACAGAUCUCGAAAGAGGUGAGACGACCUUAUGCCCAUGGACUGUACUAAUAUCUCGUAGGAAUCGGGGCCCAUACAAACUUCGGCGCGGUGACUAUGCUCCUGCAAGACGAGACGGGGGGCUCCAGGUUUGGAAUAACGUUACCUCAGACUGGGUGGAUGUAACGCCUGUGUCUGGGGCGUACGUUGUGAACCUUGGGAAUAUGAUGAUGCAGUGGACUAAUGAUAGGUAUUUGUCGAAUCUGCAUCGGGUCAUUAACAAGAGUGGAAAGGAGCGGUUCAGCGUGCCUUUCUUUUUGUCGGGGAAUCCGGACUUCACCAUUCGGUGUCUUCCGAAUUGUGAGGAUCCUGUCUUGGGCGCAAAGCAUCCUCCCGUGACUGUUCAUGAAUGGAUGGUUGGACGGUAUGCGGAUACGUAUGGGACGUCGGAGGGGAUUGGGGAGAUGCGUCGGGAACCUUGA